AUGACUGAUUAUCAAGUCAAUGAUGAAGAUCCUGAAGAAGUAGGAUUAAUAUCCAAAAAUGCAAAACGUAAUAAAAAGAAUACGUUCCUAGUUUUUUCAACUAUUCUUGUUAUUUUAUUCAUUGUGAUUGGAUUUGGUGCUACUUUAAGCAGUUUCACCGGUAAUAAUGUUAAAAAUGAAAAACGUAAUGUGAUAUUAAUGAUUUCAGAUGGAUUUGGGCCAGCAUCAGAAACAUUUGCAAGAUCAUAUUAUCAAUACAUUAAUCAUGUACCUUAUAAACAAGUGACACCGUUAGAUGAGAUUCUUAUUGGAACUUCAAGGACAAGAUCUUUUGAUAGUUUAGUUACUGAUUCUGCUGCUGGGGCCACUGCCUUUUCAUGUGCAAUCAAGACAUACAAUAAUGCCAUAGCGGUUGAUUCUGAGAAAAACCCAUGUGGUACAGUGUUAGAAUCAGCCAAACAUAAUGGAAUGGUGACCGGAUUAGUGGUGACAAGUCGUAUAACACAUGCAACACCAGCAGCGUUUUCAGCACAUAUAGUUCAUAGAGAUUUAGAAUCAGAAAUUGCCGUGCAUCAAAUUGGUGACUAUCCACUUGGAAGACAGGUUGAUUUAAUGUUUGGUGGUGGGAAAUGUUUCUUUUUACCAAAUAGUAGCGCAAGUAGUUGUAGAACUGAUGACAGGGAUGUGCUAAGUGAUGCUAUAAAUAAAUUUGGAUUUAACUAUUUGUCAACUAGAAAAGAAUUUGAUGAUCUCAAACUGUCAAAAAAAGCACUUCCUCUUCUGGGCUUAUUCAAUUUGGAUCAUAUUUCUUAUGAGAUUGAUCGUGAUCCAUCUAAAGAACCAUCUUUAAAAGAAAUGACAGAAAAAGCAAUCAAGAUUCUUGAGGAUGCUACUGCUGACAGUGACAAAGGGUUUUUCUUGAUGGUUGAAGGAAGUAAAAUUGAUUUGGCAGCUCAUUCGAAUGAUCCUGCAACACAUGCUCAUGAAAUUUUUGCAUAUCAUGACACAAUUUCACUUGUUAAGCAAUAUGUUAGCGACCAUCCAGGGACUGUGAUGAUUUCAGUUAGUGAUCAUGAAACUGGUGGAUUAUCACUUGCACUUCAAACUACUCACGAAUAUCCUGAAUAUGGAUGGUAUCCAGAAGUGUUAACUAAGGUUAAAAAUUCAUCGUUUGUCCUCUCAGAAGAAAUUGAGAAAUAUUCGAAGGCUGAUCGUAAAGACUAUAUUAAAAAGCUUCUUGAAAAUAGCUUGGGUAUUAUAGAUUAUACACAGGAGGAUAUUGAAUAUUUGAACCAAAAUCAACUCCAAUUAGAUUAUGAAUUAUAUUUGUCCAAUAUGACUAGUCACAGAGCUGAAUUAGGGUGGGCAACUCAUGGACAUUCUGGUGUUGAUGUUAAUUUGUAUGCAUAUGGUGAUAAUAUUGAUUAUUUAUAUGGAAAUCAUGAGAACACUGAUAUUGGUGAAUUUAUUAUUAAUUAUCUUGGUUUGGAUCUUAAUGAAUAUUUAGAUGAAAUUGAAAUAAAUAACGGAUUAAAUACAGACAAACGUAAAAAUUUAUAUAAUAUUUUUAUAGAAUACUUAAACAAUUUAAAUAGAGAACAUGCACAACAAAUUUUGUGGAAAUCACCUUCUAAAUCAUCACCAUUAUGUAGACUACCAAAUUCAUCAACAUGCAUUAUUAACCAGUUGGUAUUGUCUGAUACAUAUGAUGAUGAUGAGAUGGAUAUUUUCAUCAAUGAUUUGAAUGCUGCUUUUCUUGCUGAUAAUGUUGGUUUUCACAAGGGAUGUCUAAAGUUAAAUAAAAUUAAUUAA